AUGAUAUAGUAGAAAAAGUAUUUUAAAAGUCUAUAAGAAUUUACUGACUCUUAGCUUUAAUCUCAUUGGGUUAUCCGUAUAGAUCUGGACUAUAAGUAAAUUGGUGAUCAAAAUGCCUCAGGUUUAGGUUCUGCUUUAGCAAAGUGCACUAAUCUCUCAAAAUUAUUACUUGUUAUGAAGUAGAAUUAAAUUGGUUUUGAAGGUGUAUCAAGCUUAGGUUCUGGCUUAGCAAAGUGCACUAAUCUCUCAAAUUUGACACUUGGUCUUGAUUUGAACUAAAUUGGUGAUAAAGGUACAUCAUGCUUAGGUUCUAGUUUAGGAAAAUGCACUAAUCUCUCAAAUUUGACACUUUCUCUUUAAGAUAAUUAAAUUGGUGCAAUUGGUGUAUCAGGCUUAAGUUCUGGUUUAGCAAAGUGCACUAAUCUCUCAAAUUUGACACUUGGUCUUCAGUAUAAUUAAAUUGGUGAUCAUGCAUAAUGCUUAAGUUGCAUUUUAGAAAUGUGCACUAAUCUCUCAAACUUGACACUUGGUCUUGAGUAUAAUUAAAUUGGUGAUCAAGGAGCAUCAGGUUUAGGUUUAGGUUUAGAAAAGUGCACUAAUCUCUUAAAAUUGACACUUUCUCUUCACGAUAAUUAAAUUAAUGGUAAAGGAGCAUCAGGGUUAGGUUUUGGCUUAGAAAAGUGCACUAAUCUCUCAAAUUUGGCACUUUCUCUUUAGUAGAAUUAAAUUGGUGAUGAAGGUCUAUCAGGCUUAGGUUGUGGUUUAGCAAAGUGCACUAAUCUCUCAAAUUUGACACUUUGUUUUGAUGAUAAUUAAAUUAGCGAUGAAGGUGUAUCAGGCUUAGGUUGUGGUUUAGAAAAGUGCACUAAUCUCUCAAAUUUAAUACUUGGUCUUCAGUAGAAUUAAAUUGGUGAUAUUGGUGGAUCUUGCUUAGGUUUUGGUUUAGCAAAGUGCACUAAUCUCUAAAAUUUGACUGUUGGUCUUGAUUAUAAUUAAAUUGGUGAUGAAGGUAUAUCAGGCUUAGCUUCUGGUUUAGAAAAGUGUACUAAUCUCAAAAAUUUAAAACUUCGUCUUCAGUAGAAUUUAAUUGGCGGCAUAGGUGCAUCAUGCUUAGGUUCUAGUUUAGGAAAAUGCAAUAAUCUCUCAAAUUUGACACUUUCUCUUUUUUAUAAUUCAAUUUAAGAUGAAGGGGCAUUAGGUUUAGGUUCUGGUUUAGGAAACUGUACUAAUCUCUCAAACUUGGCACUUGGUCUUGAAGAUAAUUAAAUUGGUCCAACGGGUGUAUCAGUCUUAGGUUUUAAUUUAUCAAAGUGCAUUAAUCUCUAAAAUUUGACACUUGGUCUUGACGAUAAUUAAAUUGGUGCAAUUGGUGCAAAAUGCUUAGGUACUGGUUUAGGAAAGUGCAAUAAUCUCUCAAUUUUGACUCUUGGUCUUGAGGGAAAUUAAAUUGGUGAUAAAGGUGUAAUAGACUUAGGUUGUAGUUUAGGAAAAUGUGCUAAUCUCUCAAAUUUGAUACUUAAUCUUGAAUGGAAUUAAAUUAGUGCUUAAGGUGUAUCAGACUUAGGUUAUUGUUUAGCAAAAUGUGCUAAUCUCUCAAAUUUGACACUUUAUCUAAGGGAUUAUUAAAUUGGUAACAAAUAAGCUUUAAACUUAGGUUUUAGUUUAGGAAAGUGCGCUAAUCUCUCAAAUUUGAAACUUGGUUUAAGUGAAAAUUAAAUUGGCGAUAAAGGUGCUUCAGACUUAGGUUCUGGCUUAGAAAAGUGCACUAAUCUCUCAAAUUUGACACUUAAUCUUUGUGAAAAUUUAAUUGGUCAUAAAGGUGCAUCAGACUUAGGUUCUGGCUUAGGAAAGUGUUCAAAUCUCUCAAAUUUGAUACUUGAUCUUGAUUAUAAUGAAAUUGGUUCUUAAGGUGCAUAAAACUUAGGCUAUGGUUUAGGAAUGUGUACUAAUCUCUCAAAUUUGACACUUAGUUUAAGGAAAAAUUAAAUUGGUGAAUUAUUUGCAGUAAACUCAGGUUCUGGUUUAGGAAAGUGUGCUAAUCUUUCAAAUUUGACACUUGAUCUUUAAUAUAAUGAAAUUGGUACUAAAGGUACAUCUGACUUAGGUUCUGGCUUAGGAAAGUGCGUUAAUCUCUCUAAUUUGACACUUAAUAUUGAGAGGAAUAAAAUUGGUGCUUUGGGUGCAUCAGACUUAGGUUCUAGUUUAGGAAAGUUAGCUAAUCUCUCAUAUUUGAAGCUUAAUUUUGAAUAUAAUGAAAUUCGUGAUGAAGGUGCGUCAGGUUUAUGUUUUGGUUUAGGAAAGUGUUCUAAUCUCUCAAAUUUAACUCUUAGACUAACGAGGAAUGAAAUUUAUGCUUAAGGUGCAUAAGACUUAGGUUAUGGUUUAGGAAAGUGCACUAAUCUCUCUAAUUUGACACUUGGUCUAAGGUCCAAUUAAAUUGGUGAUAAAGGUGCAUCAGGCUUAGGUUCUGGUUUAAGAAAGUGCACUAAUCUCAAAAUAUUGGAAGUUAAUCUUAGUUACAACUAGAUCAAGAAAUUUAUAGAAUUGAAAAGAAAGUGCAUCAAAUAAAAAAGAUUAAUUGUCUUAAAAAUGAUAUAUUGA